AUGCAGAAGGGAGCCUUCACGCAAGCAGUUCUGUUUCCUACACGGAAGAUCUAUGGACCUAACAGCCGCAGAUACAAUCGUGCCAGUCUAUCCGAUCACAGCGAUACCACUGAUUCCUCCCACAGCGAUGCAUCAAGCCCAAGAUCCAUGUCGGAUGACUUACAAGGAAUUACCUUGGGAGAGCAUAUAUUAUCACAGCAACUUCCUACCCCCGGAGCCAGCCCCCGAAGCUACCGCAGAGAUCCUAUUCUGGGGGAGCUUCAGCGGGAUAUUGAAACACUAGUACGACAGUCUUCGGAAUCCGCAUUUGCAACUACUGGAAAUGGCGGCGAGAACGAGACCCUGGAUCCUCGCUAUAAAAGACAGAGCGAUCCUCGCAAAUUCUUUCGUGUGGGAAGGGUCUUCGCGAUGCUUUGGCAUGAAAAUGCAGGGCUGCAUGGAACUAUUAUGAGCCAGAGAGGCUCAAAUCUCGGCCGGGACUAUACCAAAGGCAAAUACCAAGAACCAAUAUAUAGCAGUAUUCGGCGAAUGGUGGUUAUCAAAGAGCAAAAAGGAUGCUCUUGGUGUCUUCCUAUCACCACUUAUAGUGGUCAGGGUGUAGCUAAAUCAGGUGUUGAUCGCAACAAGCACACGGUCGUCUACAUGCGCGGCUGUCAUCCAGUAACCAAGGUGAAUGAACCUAAGAUGACUAAGGAGCCAUUGGAGGUUGAACCGGCGAAGCCUGAUCAGAAACUUGACCCGAUGUCCCGGCUGAACUUUGGGAAGGUUUACACUGUGGAGCAUAAUGUGAAGGUCUUGCCAGUGGGCCGAAUUACCGAGGGUUCUCUUGCCAAGUUCCUGGAGUACACCAAGGCCGAGUUCAAUAAAUGA